GCACCGGAAACGUCCACUGUCGACUUCCUGCUGUGCGAACGGUUGAACGGGCGCAGACCCACGCCGAUCCGCGACUUGUUCACGAUGGCUGUUAAACUGAACGCGUUGAUCAGCGACUCCUACAUCGACAUCAGUCAGUACAGAGACCAACAUUUUCGGGGGUAUCGCUAUGAACAGGAGAAGCUGCUGAAGCAGAGUCACACUCUGUACGUGGGGAAUCUCUCCUUCUACACCACAGAGGAGCAGGUACACGAGAUGUUUUCUAAAAGCGGAGACGUGAAGCGCAUCAUUAUCGGCCUGGAUAAAGUCAAGAAGACGGCCUGCGGGUUCUGCUUCGUAGAAUAUUACACACGUGCAGACGCAGAACACGCCAUGCGCUUCGUCAAUGGCACUCGGCUAGACGACCGCAUCAUCAGGACAGACUGGGACGCUGGCUUCAAGGAGGGGCGGCAGUACGGCCGAGGCAAAUCUGGAGGACAGGUGAGAGAUGAGUACAGGCAGGACUACGACCCGGCCAGAGGCGGCUACGGUAAACUGGCUUCGCAGCAUCCAGUUGUAGAGCAACGUAACACUUUUUAGACUGAACCCCAUUGAGCGCCGCCGUCAGCGCCAGACCGGAUUCAUCCUCUCAACAAUGCCACAACACGCCAACAACGACUGUUUGCUCCCAGUGUUGCCACGAAGCCCUCCUCAACAGGCCUGCACCAACCACCGGGCGCUGGAGAUUAGCGGCUGUUAUUUAUUUCUUUUGGAGGCUUGCUUUCUCUUCCGAUUGGCUUCCACACCAGUUAUCCGUCAACAUGGCAGCACAGGCCCAAAAACCCCAAAGUUACCGUGUAAUAUUUGGUGAUUGUUUUCAUUAUCCUGCAAACAUAAAUACCAUGUAUUUCCUCCACUGGCUGCAAAACUCUGAUAGGAUGAAGUGACUGAGUACAAUGAACGCAUCAAAUAUCAAAAGGACAGAAAAGAUGAUCUGCGUGUCAGGAUCAGAUCGUAGUUUGCUGAAAUACUGAUUUCCACGAAUGAAACUGAGUUACAAUCUGUGUUGACUUUUUUAAAUAAAUCCUUUUUUUUUACAUUUAA